GUGGAAGUUCGAGCUUCCCCGGCUGACACGAUAUCGAGCAUCGAAAUAGCAGACAAAGCCGGACGACUCCAAGGCGACGAAUUCUUGUCUGCGAGUCACGCUCUCCGCCCCCCCGCCCUAUUAACAUAAAGGGCGCAAGAGAGCUAUCUCUUCACACACAAUCCGCUCUACACCUCCCCGCCACACCAUCGCCAUGUCUUCCGAGACACCAAGACAGGCUCAACAGAGCGCAACCUCGCCAGCUGCUCCCAAGGAGCUCUACCCCAUGAGCAACUGGAAAUAUGAUGGUUUUUUGUGGAUAAUGUCUGUACUGGCAGACUUCUUCUUCCGUGAGGUGCACCCCCGUGGUGCCUGGAAGGUCCCCCGACACGGCCCGGUGCUCUUCGUCGCAGCACCACAUGCCAACCAGUUCGUCGAUGCCCUUAUCCUCCAACGAACCCUAAAGAUUGAGGCGAAACGCCGCGUCUCCCUGCUCAUCGCGCAGAAAUCGGUCCACGGUUUCAUCGGGUGGGCAUCUCGCCAGGUUGGCUCCGUUCCUGUCGGCCGGGCGCAAGACUCGGCGAAAGCCGGGCAGGGGACUAUUUACCUCCCUGAUCCUAUCAACGACCCGACCCUUAUUCGCGGUAUUGGCACAAACUUUGAGAAGCAAGCCGAGGUUGGCGGCAUGCUCUUCCUCCCGUCCGCGAAGGGCCAGAGCGGGGCGAGCGUCGACGUUGCAGCCAUUCUCGGCCCUGAAGAAAUCCGGAUCAAGCGCGCCUUCAAGGGCAAGCUUGCCGUAACUCAGCUCACCGCGCGAGACGAUAUUGACGACAACGGCAACCUUACAAGCGUUGACACCGACGGCCCAAAGCCGGGCUACCAGGGAACGAAGUACAAGCUCGCCCCUCACAUUGAUCAGUCCAAGGUCUACCAGGCCGUGUUUGACCGUCUCAAGUCGGGCGGGUGCGUCGGCAUCUUCCCAGAGGGUGGUAGCCACGACCGCACCGAGCUGCUCCCGCUCAAGGCGGGCGUGGCCAUCAUGGCCCUUGGGACACUCGCUGAGGAUCCCGAUUGCGGCCUUAGGAUCGUGCCGGUUGGCAUGAACUACUUCCACGCCCACAAGUUCCGUUCACGAGCUGUGGUAGAAUUCGGUCCCCCUUUUGAGGUCCCUGCCAAGCUUGUCGACCUGUACAAGAACAACAAGAGGCGAGACGCCAUCGGCCAACUUCUGGACAUGGUUCACUCCUCGUUGGGCGCUGUCACCGUCUCGACGCCCGAUUACGACACCCUGAUGGUGAUCCAAGCUGCGCGUAGGUUGUACAACCCCACCGGCAAGAAGCUCCCGCUACCCGUAGUCGUGGAGCUGAACCGCCGGCUCGCCAUGGGUUACGAAAAGUACAAGGAUGACCCACGCAUCAUCAAGCUCAAAGAGUCGGUUACCGAAUACAAUAGGCAGCUUCGGUACCUCAACAUCCGCGACCAUCAAGUCGAAUAUGGCAAAAUGUCGUGGCCCAUCGUCGUUUUCACCUUCUUCUACCGACUGAUCAAACUCAUCAUCCUCUCGGCGGGCGUGCUACCGGGACUCAUUCUCUUCGCGCCCAUAUUCAUAGCGACAAAGUACAUUAGCCACCAAAAGGCAAAAACCGCACUCGCUGGUUCUUCGGUCAAAAUCCAGGGCAAGGAUGUCAUUGCGACAUGGAAGCUCCUGGUUUCGUUGGCUCUUGCGCCGAUCCUCUACGGCAUUUACACAUUCACCACCAUGUACCUGGUUUACGUGGACCGGCUCGGCGGGCGUGUCCCCGACUGGGUAUCCCUCUGGUCCGUGUUCUGGGCAGGUUGGAUUGUCUUCCCCUCCAUCACGUUUGCGGCACUGCGGUUCGGCGAGGUGGGUAUGGACAUCCUCAAGUCGCUCAGGCCGCUGGCCCUCUGCAUCAACCCGUCGUCUAGCUACAGCAUCAGCCAACUCCGCGAGCGCCGCGCCGAGCUCAGCGCCCAAGUCACAGACAUCAUCAACCAGAUCGGCCCGGAGAUGUUCCCCGAUUUCGAGCACACGCGUCUGGUCUUUGACGCCUACAAGCGGGGCGCCUCGGCCGACGUGAGCAACGCUUUCAUCAACCACACGGGUUCGGCGCCGAGCUCCCCGGCCCACUCCCGUAGCCAGAGCGGCGCGUCGUCGCCUGGCCCCGGCAGCCCGACGAUCACCCGGCGUAGCACCACGCAAUCGAGCCGAGCGAUCCCGCGCAACGAGUCGUUUAGCAACAUCGGUCAAGCACCCAUCUUCGCCACGCGCCCGCCCAGCCGUAACCGGAGCCGUAGCAGCAGUGCCGGCGGUGGGCUGGGGUCGGCCGGGUUCCCCGUCAGCGGGUUCACCACCCUGGACAGUAAGGAGGGGUUCGACCAGGCGAACCGCAAGAUCCGCCAGGCGAUGCGCGAGCGCGGCGAGUUCAGGCGGCGGCAGAGCGAAAAGAGGCGGAUGUCGCUCGCCGACGGGGACGGGCUCAGCAGCGACGAGGGGGAGAGCGUGGAGAGCACGUCGGGGUCCGUGCUACUGGAGUAUGAGGAGUCGAGGAAGGCGAAAUAGGGUCUGUCGGCUCGCCUGCUCCUGGGGUAUUGUUGAACUCGGGCUGGAUGAUUGUUCUGUCUAGACUACCUCUAUGAGACGAUGGGGAUCGUGUAAUCGAGUUUCCGCUUUUUUUGGGCUAAAAUAUCGGGAGCGCUGGUUUUAUUUAGUCUUAUCGUCGGGGGCGGCUGGUUGUUUUUUUAUACACAAAACGGGGCUCGGAUGAGCGGGGUGAUUGACGGUUAUUCUGGGCCUGUUGGUUACCUAGGUCCGGGCUCGAGAUGUGUUCGGUUAGAGAAUUCUGGCGCGGGAAACGGGGCAAUACCUCUGUAGAGAAACUUGGUCCUCACGAUUACUGUACUAGUACCCCGCUAGCCCUGCCACCCUGCUUGUCUGAUGAUCU